ACUUUCAGUAUCAGUCACAUUGUCUCGCACUCACUGACAGCAGGUGAACAACAGGAGCAAAAGUUAAAACAGAAAGCCUGAUUAGUUUGUGAUCAUGUGCAGUGAUCUUCUCGUGAAUGUGGACAAAUGGAUUGCAGAGAAUCAGAAAGCUUUUCUGCCACCGGUCUGCAAUAAGCUGAUGCACUUUAGUCAGUUGAACAUCAUGUUCGUUGGAGGUCCAAAUGUGAGAAAGGACUACCACAUAGAGGAAGGAGAGGAGCUGUUCUUCCAGCUUAAGGGUGACAUGUGUCUGAAGGUGAUUGAAAAUGGAAAACACAAGGAUGUGCACAUCAAAGAGGGAGAGAUGUUCCUGCUGCCAGCUCGUAUCCCCCACUCACCCCAGCGACAGACCAACACUAUGGGCCUGGUGGUGGAGAGGAUGAGGCUGCCGACUGAGACCGACUGCCUGAGGUACUAUGUGGACAACACGACCGACAUCCUGCUGGAGAAAUGGUUCUACUGUCAAAAUCUCGGGACCCAGUUGGAGCCAAUAAUCAAAGAGUUCAUGGCAUCAGAGCAGUUCAAAACAGGAAAGCCUGGUCCAAAUGCUGUCUUCAGGGAGCCUCCUUUCCAGAUGAACACCAUGAAUGUGAUGUCACCUUUCUGCUUUAAAGACUGGCUGGACAAACACAGGUCGUCUCUGAGCCACAGGCAGCACAUUGACAUGUUUGGAGCUCAGUUUGAGACACAGGUGAUGGUGUUUGGAGCAGGUAUUACAGAAAAGUCAGUCCAACAAAGCGAUGUGUGGAUUUGGCAGCUGGAGGGUUCCUCUGGAAUAACUCUGAACGAGCAGGAGGUCACUCUUUCCCCGGGAGACAGUUUUCUCAUUCCAGAACAGAGCCAGUACCAGUGGAAGAGAGAGGAGGGGACUGUUGCUUUGUUUGUGGUUCAAAACCCAGAAAGGAAGCAAUCCUGAUCAUGCGCACAGGCUCACGCAAGAACAUCCUCUCCACAUGGGGAUGAGGAGUCAUGAUUUGAGGACUCUGGUCAACAGUAGUCCUCCAAAAAAGUAAUUUCUUCUCAAAAUCUUAGUUCAGGCCAUGUUAAAAUCACAAACAUGCAUGGUAGGAAAUUGCUAAACGCAAAUAGACAAAUUCACAUUUUAUAGAUUCAAGAAAUCUCAUGAAAUUUCUGCUUAAAGUAAAUCUCCUGAAGGUGUGUGAGCUCAAAGCCCUCAGGUGUCAUUGAAUGUAAUGGCUCUCAAUACAUGAGGUCAGGAAGACUUCAUUCAACUUUUAUCCCUUAAAACUGCACUCGACUCAAAAGAAACUGCACCUCAACACUGUCAACAAGCUCUGCCCAGUUCUGUGAGCUGAUAACAUUUGACAUGAUGUGUUGGACAGUGGAAUCAUGUUUUGUGUUUUACUCACCUCACAUGGAUGAAAGGUCCAGUGAGCUGAUGUCAUGGGUCACCUGUUUCACCAUGUGUCAACAUCUCAUCUGAAACGACAUGACCAAUUAAGGUGAUACUUACUGUGCAUGUUCCAACCCAUGAGGACACCAAAGUUUGUUUGAGGCAUUCCAAUCCAAUUUCAAAUAUGGCCAUCUUAUAUCCAUUUGUCAGCCAUUUAUGCAGCAACUGAGCUGAAAUUUGCUACAUGGGUAGCAAAAUUUCUAGUUGGCACUUUAAAAAAAAAUGUUUUUUUUGAGGUCAAAAUCCUGUCAGAAGUGACUUUUCAUAAGCUAAAAUAUA